CAAAUGUCUUUAAUUGCGCCAGCCACAAGCAGAUACGCACGGAGGAACAAAACAAACGGGAGUGGUUCUCUACGAAUCACGCAAGUGGAUGGCGAUGUACAACUGUCAGAGACGUGAUGCCAAAAAACCCGAUACCCUGGUCAUUGUAUUCAGAAACCAUCUGGACAGACCAAUCCCUAUCGUGAUCACCAAAAUUAGGAAACAAGAAAAAAGAGGGAAAUGGCGGGAACAAAAAGACAAGACAACAUAUAGGUUCUAGGAGGGGCACGGUCUGCAGGGCGACGGAUGGUAGUACAGUGCAAUGUACAUGUAAUGGAAGGCAAGCAGAUUCAGGUGGGCCGCUAGUAGACGGUCGGGAAGUGAGCUGUGGUGGGUGAGGGAUUAUUACGAGCUAUAGUGGCAAAUAAACUCGAGAGACGGUAAGAUAGAUCGGGCGAAGGGGAAGAGGAGAGUUGACAGGGACAUGCUAUGGUCCAAAAGACCGUCCAGGGGAGAGUGUUUUAAACGGUGCCCCUCUGGCAUCCGCAGUGUUAUCAUUUAUUGUAUUUCCUACCCAAUUC